AUAAAGUUUAAAAUUUUAUUUUAAUUUUUAGGCUAUUUUUAACGCAUGCUGUGGCUAGCUAGUCUUGUUACAGCGAAGGUCCCCUUCAAUCCCAUUUCGGAGUCGGGACCUCAUUUCAGCGAAAGCUUCUUCGAAGAAACGGACAACGACUACUUCUUGACUUGCUUUUCUUGGGAAAGUAACUGACAAAGGGCGGGUUGUCGUUCGUUCUUUGAGCAGCUGACCAAGCCACAAACCACCCAUGGGCAACACCGUCUCGGAGGAGGUGGAGCGACAGUUCCACGACGAAGCAGUUACCCAGAACGGCGUAACCCUGGAAUCUCCAGAAGCAGACAAAUACUUGAAUGUGGGGACCGCAGCCGCGAAUUGCCAGCCAAAACACACACAGACAGAGCUGAAACAAGGCCAAAAAUUCGUGGUGGAGGAAGGAAUGGAGGUGGUCAUGAAGGAACGAGACGAACGGCCAGAAGUGCAACUAGAAGAAGACGAAGACGGCAAGUCACUACCACUGAGCGCCAAGCACCGAAGGGGAUCGUCAUUGUCGGACAACGGACAAGAAGAUCGACGUAAAAGACAACACAUGAACCCGACGCCGCAACAACAGCAGGCACAGCAAGCCAAUAAAAAACUCAGCUAUGUUCAAAUGGCGAAAUUGGGAUAUCAAGAACUUGUCAAUGCCAUUAUUCGCCCGCCGAGGGCUGAUUAUAAGAUGGAAGCUUUGGGUCCACCGGCGUUUAAUUUCUGUGGAAAAAGAUUCACCAGAACAGACUUUACACUGAGAACAAAGCGUGGGUACAAUUUAGAAUGUUCUCAUUGGGAGCCCGUGGAAAGAGCCACGGACCGCAUUCCUGUCAUUAUCUACAUGCACGGAAACUCUUCUGCAAGAGUGGAAGUUAUUCCUCAGCUUUCCUAUCUAUUGUCCCUUGGUCUGGCAGUUUUCGCGUUUGACUUUGCCGGAUCUGGCAAAUCAGACGGGGAGUACGUCAGCCUUGGAUAUUAUGAACGAGAGGACCUGUCAUGUAUUGUGGCACAUCUACGUGCUACCAAUGUCGUUUCGACGAUUGCCUUGUGGGGGAGAUCGAUGGGAGCUGCAACGGCCCUUAUGUUUGGCGAUCGCGAUCCAAGCAUUGCUUGUAUGAUUCUGGACUCGUCCUUUGCAGAUUUGUCACAAUUGGCCGAAGAAAUGGUGGAAAAGGGUAGAGAUCAAGGCAUCAUUGUGCCAAACUUUGUAGUCAGUGUGGCUUUACGAAUGAUCCAAGGCUCUGUAAAGAAACAGGCCGGAUUCAAUAUCAAGCACAUCUCGCCCAUUGCACACUCAGACAAAUGCUUCAUUCCGGCUCUAUUUGUGGCUGGUGAACAUGACGAUUUCAUCAAAAAGCACCACUCGGAAGCAAUAUACGAAAAGUACGCAGGCGACAAAAACCUCAUCAUCGUGGAAGGCGAUCACAAUUCACCCAGGCCAAAGUUCAUGUUCGAUUCAGCUUCCAUCUUCUUACAAACGUGCCUGCAGAUUCCAAAUAUUUGGGCCCUGCCGGUACCUCCGUCAAUGAAUCUCAUGUGCCCGCCAUGGUAUUUUGAAAUGUAUCAUCGAAAGUCAUCUAGGGCAAUGCAACGGCAUUCCAAGUCUAAUGGGACAGCCAAACAACCAUCAGGUAGUACAAGAGGAGACAAGAAAGAAUCUACUGAUGGAUUUGAUCAUGAAGAAAUGGGGAUGACACAAGAACGACAACGUGUUAUUCAAGCUUCGCUGUUCAAGAUGUUGGGGCAGGCGGAUAGUGCUCCAAGUCCAGCCGAUGGCGGCACUGCAUCAAAAACAACCGAGGCAACAACAACUGCUGCUACCGCUGGUUCCAAGCCUGGUAGCUAGUAGUACGAGGAGACUCUCUGGGGUCAGGGCAGACCGAAAUUGUCCUCUCUGAAAGAUAUUUGAAGAGGCCUCACUCACUCAUUUCAUAAAGCAAUAGUGACUU